UAAAUUAGUUGGCACUGUACAAAGUUGUUUAUUUUGCGUUUUUGUUUCGCGUCUUGUCCAAUAUUCUAAUAAGUAGCAGAAACACCUUUGCAGUGCUCAACGUUGGCAGUUGCUAAAUGAUAAUUAAUAAUAAUAAUACUUUUUUUCCUAGUUUACCUCGAAAGGGGUGAUGUGUAACUAAAACAAUAUUUUAUUCAAAAAGCCUAUUAAAUAUUAUAUAAUGUAAAACGGUGAUACAAAAAAAAAAAAACAAAUCUCAAUCGAUUCGAAUCCAUUUGUUUGCCAUCUGAUCAAACAAGAAUAUAUGCGUAUAUGCGGAACUGAAAUAGUUGUCCAUAACGUAAUAAAUGUUUUCAUUUGUUUCUUUUAAUGCAAUAAAUUGUAUAUCAAAACUGUUUAAUAAUAACAAAUUAAAUAAAUACGCGUAUCAAAGUGUAACGAAUCAAUUAAAUUCAAAAUUAUAUAAUUAAUAUAUUAUAUUUAAAUAAACCGCCAAAUUGGCUUCGCAAAGCUCUUUUCUUGAUAUUUACAUCAUGGCUUGGGAACAUGGCAGUUCCCCGGUGGAUUGGUGUGAAGGAAAUUAUCUCAUAUCUUCAAAUAUAGCGGAAUUUGUGAAUACGACAAGUAAUUUUCUGUUUCUGCUCCUGCCGCCAGUCUUAAUAUGUUUAUUUAAGGAGUAUGGACGAUUCGUAACACCUGGCAUACAUGUGCUCUGGGUUCUACUUAUAAUAGUGGGUUUAAGCUCAAUGUACUUCCAUGCAACGCUCAGUUUAAUUGGUCAAUUACUUGAUGAACUGGCUAUUUUAUGGGUUUUUAUGGCCGCAUAUUCCUUGUUCUUCCCAAAAAAGUAUUAUCCAAAAGUCUUCCGUAAUGACCGGAAAGCAUUCAGUGUGUUUAUGUUUCUUUCGGCGAUAUUCGCGACGGGCAUGUCAAUUUGGAAACCCAUAGUUAAUGCAUUUGUACUAAUGGCUAUGGGCGUGCCAACAAUGAUAAUGAUGUAUCGCGAGUUGCAAAGAGUGCGAGAUCAGCGUGUUUAUCGACUGGGCUUGCGUUGCACAGCCGUCUGGCUGAUGGCAGUUUUCUGUUGGAUCAACGACCGCAUGUUCUGCGACGCUUGGUCGGCUAUUAAUUUUCCAUAUCUACAUGGUUUUUGGCAUAUAUUCAUAUUCAUCGCUGCAUAUACGGUUUUAGUUUUGUACGCGUAUUUCUAUGUCGAAACCGAGUUGCCACAACGACAGCCGAUGCUAAAGUAUUGGCCUAAAAAUGAUUUCGAAUUCGGCAUACCAUUCAUAUGCAUACGAAAUCCGGGCAUGACCAUCAAGAGUGCCAUCUAAAAAGGAUAAAACGAUCGGUAUACUCACAGAGUAUACAUAUUUACAUAAUUAUUUGCACCGAAGAUGCGCUGAGUAGCUAUGUAGUAUUUAGAUGAAAAAGACAAACUAAUAAGUAUGUUCUAUAUCAAUUUUACAACUUGUUUUUAUUAGUGCAAAAUUAUUAUGCAUAAAUUAAACCAUGCAUACGUUUACUACUACAUACAUAUAUAACAAAAUAGCUUAUAAGUACAUAUUACCUGUUCUAGCUGGGAGAGUACGAAAUUAUAGAUUUAGAUGCAUUAGAGAAUGUACAUAAAUAUAAACUACAUAUGUGAUGCCAAAUUUAAUUGUAUUCGUCUAACAUUUGACAGUUGCUAAUGAAAGCAAUUAGUUUUUUCUAAAAAUAUCUCCCCUUUAACGAGAACCACUACAUUUUCCAUAUCAAUUUGCGGUGAAUGCGUGAGCUUGUGGUCAAACUGUGGAAAAGUGCCGACAUUAUAUCUAAUAAUUGGCGUAGUUUUAUAUCAUCAUGUUGUUUAAAAGAUAAUUAAGUUGUGGUUAUUGUCAAACUACCAUUUAUAUAUAAAUAUUAAGUCUUAAACAAAGAUCAUAUUGUAUUAUAUAUUGUUUGACUUUAGCAUCACUAUAAUUGUAAUCCGUAAUCCAUCUAAAUCUUUCAUUGUGAUAUUGUUUUCUUUUUUAAUUACUAUAAUAAUUAUUUAUUUAUAUAAAAACCUGAUGUAAAUAUGAAUGGUGAUCGCAGAGCUCUCUUAUUUAUAUUCUAAAAUAUGUGAUUGCAUCCAUUAAGUUCCUAAAGUUGAUAGUAACGACUAUAAAAUCUGAUAAUUUACUGUUUACUUUACCGUUACUGAAAAAUAAAGCAAAACACGCUUUGACGUAAUUUAUAAAAAGUUUUAAUAUGCUGCACGAGUACGUUUUACGAAGUCGCCCACUUGUCAUGGCAUUAUAGGAAUAAUGAAUUAUUGUCGAAGUUUUGUAGGUACUGGAAAAAGAGGCAGACUUAAAUCAAUGUUUACCCCUUUGAGCGCUUAUUUUUAGUUUUCUUUACAAUAUAUAAAUUAUCAAUAUUUUCGAUGAAACGCUUUCAAAUUCACUAACGUUUUAAUUAUUGUACUAAAAUGUUGAACAACUGAAUAUGAAAAUAUCUGCUAAAUGUAGAGGUCUUAAAAAUCAUAUUCAAAUAGAAAUAUAUUUCACAGUUGUCGCUUCAAUAUGCGGAAUAUCUUAUCAUCAUAUAAUACAUUUCCGGAAUUUCUCUGACAAUUUCCAAUCGAAAAGAGAAAAAUGAUAACAGUAAUGUCUACUCAUACAUUUUUGAUAAAAUUACUACAAAUAUCAGUUAUACCUCAAUUUUACUUCAGUUUUGUAUAGACUUGUAGUAAGUAGACACUUCUAGAGGUUGAAAUAAAGGUGUCAUGACCAUAUCCAGAAGCAGAGACGCAUGGCGCGCUGUUGUGGACUCGGCUAUAACCGCGUAUGUGAUGUCUACGCUAGUCAAGAAGAAGAUAAGACCAUAUAUAUAAAACAGUUGAUUGAAAUUUACGGACAAGAAAGUUUCCAAUUAGUGAAGCGUUGCCAUAACAACAAGACCAUAACCAUAACCAUAACUAUCAAUUGAAUUUUGAUUUUCCGUUGUAACCAUAAACAUUUAUAUGUUGAUUUUUUUAUUAUAAUUUAUUUUAAUUGAAAACAAAAACUACAAAUGCUGUUCAUAGCUAUGAAACCAAUAAUCGAUUAUAGUAAAUAUUGUUACGGUUAAGACAAUAGUUAUGGAUAUGGCGUUAUGUUAUAGCACCUCUAAUUUAGCUUAAAAUAAUUUAUAUGUGCCGAUAUUGUUAAAAUUACAAUUGAAGCUCAUUACAACCUUCGAUUUUUCAUUUAUUGUAGCAAAAGGAUUAUUAAAACAUUAUUUUCUUACUUAACUCUGCAAAUUCUUUUCAAUGAAAGUUAAUUAUUUUCGAAAUACGGGUUAAACCAGUCUAAAAUUUUUAAAAGAUUACACUCCAGGCACUCGAUACAUUAUUCGAUUAGUAGAAUAGUGAAAAAUUGUUUUUCCAAAACCGCUGUACAGUUGAAGAGCACCUCAUGUCAAAGUGUAAGACUCGAAAAACUUUAAACGCAUCGAAACAAAUCAUAUCCACAUGAAAUCUUAACUAUAAUAUUAUCUAGUAAAUUGAGAACAAUUUUCUGUCAUCAUUGCACUCUUUUACAACAAUUUUAAAAAACAUUUAACAUUUUUAAAGUCCUUCGAUUCGCUAUUUAACAACCAUUUUGGUAUAAAGCCAAAAUACAAAAUGAAGAGAAUUUUGUAGAAUAAAGUUCAGUUUUUACUUUGCUACAGAUUGGUCUAGUAGCCGUUUUAAAUAAAAUUUAAACCUAUUUAUUUUUUAUUUUGCCUAUACUUAAAAUUAUUAACUACCCGGCAAACAUCACAAAGAUUCAUUAGUAUUCCUAGUACAUUCCGAGAGUUUACCUGUCCUCAAAAUCAAAUACAUUAACUGAUUUUGAUUGUGACAAAUAUAAUCAAAAAAUUUCUGAUUAUAUAAUAUUUCUAUCCCGUUCUUUCCCAAUUUUUCUGAUCUCAAAAUUAUAAUAUCAUAUUGUUGUUGUAAAAAAUAGUUUGACCAUCAACGAAUAGUACUCUCUCUAUAAACCUUCUCACAUAUGUACCAUAUAUUUCUGUAAAUGACAAAGCUAAUUUGAUUUUUACAUUACAAAAACGUAUGUGUUGAUUAAAUAGUUUCUAAAAUAAAUAAA